CAGUAUUCCUAAAUUAGAUUAAUUGGCAACGAAUCAACUACUUUACAGAUCUACACCAUAACCAGCAAAACAUCAAAUCGGAGCAGAAGACCCUGAAGUAUAGGCUUCAAUAAUCUUCGUCGAAGGCGUAUGUCUGAUUGUUACUGCUUGUACCAGAGCCGAACCAGAUCAUCAAUACAUUCCCGGCAGCUGCUGUGCCUCUUGCGCCUGUUCACUGAAAGCAAGACCCUAUGUGUUUCUUAAUCCGGGGUUGCAGCAUUUAAGGGGGCUGUCCCAUUCAUCGCCGGCUCAAGGGGAAAGACAACCACGGUCCCGUACAGGGUAAUGAGUCGUUCCUGACUCAUCUUUCCGACUCUUUUUUCCGACUCUAGCCUGUUCUCGUGGCAAGCCUCGCUUGUAUGACCUCCAUCGAACCCACACAAACGGCGUGUUGCUAAUCUCUUUGCGCCCUGCAUGAUGCAGUCAUCGGCAACUUACUUGGAUAGGAAGGUGGGCAACCAACAGGACUCAGACUUGCAGAGUUCAGGACACACACACACCCACCCCCACCGGGGAAGCCCUCCAACAAGGCGUCGUUGGACUGAUCUUGUGAUGAUAAUCUGCGACACUCCCAUUGAUUUCCCUAAUGGUUGCUACCUUGGAUUCUCGGUCUUAUCUUCCCGUGUUCGAGGCUUUGUUUCUUGGGCUUCAUCCUCUUAACAGCUGCAGAACCACAACAGGCCGUAACCUCCCAUCCAGUGAAUUGGCUUCUGCUUCAAAUUCAACAUGUCAAACAGAAUCCUCGACCUCUCGGCCAUUGUGGCUGAUUUCCACGACCAAAGCAAGUUCUCUUCUUGCUCCAGGUCAGACAGGUCCGGCGAGGCUGUUCCAAAUCCCAGCCCAGAAUUUCUCCAGGAGAAGCUAUCGCAGCUUGACCUGACCGACUUAGGAGGCGAAGAAAAAACCGUCACAAAACCUUUUGGCCCUGCGCAUUGCCUCUUCUGCAACCAACGAAGCGCAAAUCUCACAGAGAACAUGAGCCACAUGCAGAAGCGCCACGGUCUUUUUGUCCCAAGCCCGGAUAAUCUCAUAGUCGACCUUGAGACGCUGGUGGGCUACUUCCAUCUGGUCAUCUUUGAGUAUGCCGAGUGCCUCUUUUGCGGUUCCGUGCGAAACUCCCCGCAGGCAGCCCAGCAGCACAUGGCCGGCAAAGGCCACUGCCGUAUCGACAUCUCGAGAGAAGGGUCGGAGUUUAGAGACUUUUACGAUUUUGACGCCGGUUCGGGAACAGAGUCAAACGAAGAUGCGAGCGAGGGUAGAAGCACAAAGGGAGAUGCAUUCGUCGAACUGGACGAGCAGACGCGACGCUUGGCCUCGGGCAAGAUCCUCUCCCAUCGGAGCAUCAAGAAACCCCGAGCGCAUCGAUCCAUCCAGGUGGCUGCUCAGGAUAGGGGCGACGCAUUGUUGGAAGAAGAUAAGACGCCAACAAGUGAACAGUCAACUGCCCUGAUGUCGGGCAUGAACCACAGAGGGGGGUUGAAGGCGGCGGAGAAGCGGGAUGCACUCUUCGACAAGCAGCUGGUCACCCUACGCCCCGGAGACCGACAAGCGUUGAUGCAUCUGCCUCUCCCGCAGCAGAGAGCCCUGGUGGCCAAGGCCAAGAAGCAGCAAGAGAGGUGGAACCGGGAGCAGAUGGCCCAGGAGAUCAAGCGCCAGCUGAAAGCCAAUCCGUGAGAUGAGUGAGCUAUGAGGCUAUGAGCUACGUCCUCUAUUGUACGACAAUAACGGAAGAGACGGAGUGGACGCACCCCACUGGCUGGAGCCGAACGGGAUUUCUGUGCAUCGUAGGGGUCAACAUCAGCCGCACUCGGCGACGUUUUGCGGCCAUGUGGACGGCGGGGGACACAUGGCCUGGCGUUCUCCGGGAUGUUCUUGGCAUGCAUGUCUUAGCUUCUCGGUGGCGCGAGGAGCCACCUCAGCUCUCGCUCCUACAAAUACUUAGUUCGGAGCACUUUCAGCUCCUCAAGCUUUGGAAAAAGACGACCUCCAAGUCAGU